CUUGCAUCCCCAAUUCAGUGGUAGACGUAUCAUACACUUUAAUCAUUUCUGUAUAUAAAAGAGAGAAAAAGCUAGCACGAUUCCUUGCUAUAAGAAGUUGAAACCGAAAACAAAGAUUUGUCCCUCUACAGCUAGUGGCCAUGGUUUCCCAAGCUUUCAAUCCUCACUUCAUCUUGUUUCCCAUGAUGGCCCAAGGCCACCUUAUCCCGAUGAUUGAUAUCACAAGGCUAUUAGCACAACGUGGUGUGAUAGUCACGAUAUUCACUACACCAAAAAAUGCUUCCCGUUUUGAUUCUGUUCUAUCUCGUGCUGUUCAUUCUUGUCUUCCAAUUCGAGUAGUACAUCUCCAGUUUCCAUCCAAAGAAGCUGGACUCCCUGAAGGGUGUGAGAAUAUGGACAUGACAUCUCUAGAUCUAGGCAUGAUCUUCAAUUUCUUCGAUGCAAUCAGCAUGCUUCAAACUCAAGCAGAAAAGCUAUUUGAAGAACUGACGCCUCAGCCAAGUUGCAUUAUCUCCGAUAUGUGCAUUCCUUGGACAAUUCAAAUUGCUCAGAAACACGGCAUUCCAAGAAUUGCUUUCCAUGGAUUCUCUUGCUUCUGCCUCCAUUGCUUGCACAAGAUUCGUACCUUCAAGGUUCUUGAGAGCAUAACAUCAGAAUCGCAAUUCUUCACUGUGCCUGGCAUACCUCACCAUUUUGAGGUGAACAAAUCUCAAAUACCAUUACCAAUGGAACAUGAUAGACUAAAGGAGUUUCAUGAACAGAUGGUUGAUGCUGAGACAAGCUCGUAUGGUGCAAUCAUAAACACUUUUGAAGAGUUGGAGGGAGAAUAUGUCGAGGAUUACAAGAAGGAACGAAAGGAUAAGGUGUGGUGUAUUGGGCCAGUCUCACUAUGUAACAAGGAUGAAUUGGAUAAAGCACAGAGAGGCAACAAGGCCUCCAUCAAUGAAAAGCUGUGCUUGAAGUGGCUUGAUUCCCAGCAAACUCAGUCUGUGGUUUACGUCUGUCUUGGAAGCUUAUGCAACCUCAUUCCUUCACAACUAGCACAGCUUGCCUUGGCCUUGGAAGCUUCAGAGAAACCAUUUAUUUGGGUCAUUAGAGGAGGGAAUAGGUUAGAAGAGCUAGAAAGUUGGAUCAAGGAAGAUGGAUUUGAGGAAAGGAUGGAAGGAAGAGGCCUUUUAAUCAGAGGCUGGGCUCCACAAGUGCUGAUAUUGUCCCACUCUGCGAUAGGAGGAUUCAUAACACAUUGUGGUUGGAAUUCAACUUUGGAAGGGAUAAGUGCAGGCGUGCCAAUGGUGACUUGGCCAUUAUUUGCAGAUCAAUUUCUAAAUGAGAAGCUGGUUUGUCAAGUGUUAAGGAUUGGAGUGAGCAUUGGGGUAGAAGCUCCGAUGAAGUGGGGGGAGGAGGAUAAGAUUGGUGUGGUGGUGAAGAAGGAAGAUGUUGAGAAGGCAAUAUGCCUGGUCAUGAACGAAGGAGAAGAAAUUGAAGAGAGAAGGAAAAAGGCCAAAGAACUGAGUGAAAUGGCAAAGAAAGCUGUUGAGAAUGGGGGAUCUUCUCAUCGUAACAUAAGUCUGCUGAUUGAAGACAUCCUCCAACAAGCAGGUAAGGAGAAUAAGGUUGACACUUGAACAUGUCAAUGGUCCCUCCAUUUGCUUAUAUAGCUUUGAACUAAUAUUCCUUUUACUGUUUGUUUUGUAAUUAAUGUAUAUUCUUAAUGGUGGCACUUCACUCUUACCUCCUGCAGAAGAGAACUUUCCACA